AUGGGGUGGAAUGCAUCCGAACCUGCAGCCCCCUCGAGAAGCAAACAACUUUGUGGCUCAACCAACAAUCCAGCCAAACCUGACCCUACCUCAGGAACAGCAAGAACCACCCCCUGGGGAGGAGACCCCGGGGUGGCCCUGGCGGUAAAAUGUGAUAACCCGCCAGUGGUUUGGGGGACCUGUUCCCUCUGCAAUACCUUAAAUGACAUCACCAUUAGUGUUCGCUUUUUGAUUGACACCAGAGCAGAUGUUACAGUCAUUCCCGAAAAAAACUGGCCCCAGCACUGGAAAUUGGAGAAUGCCCCCAUGGUGGACAGAGUUGGAGGACUAACCCGGGCUCGAAAGAGCGCUCAAUUAGUAGCGAUCACGCUUCACACAGAAUUGACACCAGAGCAGAUGUUACAGUCAUUCCCGAAAAACCUGGCCCCAGCACUGGAAAUUGGAGAAUGCCCCCAUAGUGGGCAGAGUUGGAGGACUAACCCGGGCUCGAAAGAGCGCUCAAUUAGUAGCGAUCACGCGUCACACAGAAAAAGGACCAGAGAAAACCAUCACCUUCUUCCCAUAUGUCAUGCCUGGAGUCCCACCCCUGUUGGGAAGGGACGCUCUAGCUGUUUUGAAAGCCAGGGUGACAAACUUACUUCAACAUCAGCAGUAGCCCUAAUGCUGGAAGAAGCACUCUCCUCUCGAGAGGGCACCAUAUCAGUCAUCCAUGUCAACAGCCACAACCCAGUCAAAGGAUUUUUCCAAACCGGCAACGACAAAGCAGAUGCUGCUGCAAAAGGACUGUGGACACUAAGGGAUGCCCGGCAGUUACAUGAGUCUCUUCACAUCGGGGCCAAAGCGCUAGCGAAGAAAUGUGCGAUUUCUGUCACCGAUGCGAAACACAUAGUUGCCACAUGUCCUCACUGUCAGAAAGCACCACUGUGGUCCAGUGGAGUCAACCCCAGAGGUCUUAAGGCCUCUGAAGUGUGGCAGACAGACUUUACACUCUGCCAGUUGCUGAAACCUCGAGCGUGGCUAGCAGUAACUGUGGACACCUAUAGCGGAGUGAUCGUAGACACACAACACCUCAAAACCGACUCCAAAGCGACCAUCCAGCAUUGGCUAACGGUCAUGGCAUGGCUUGGUAUCCCUAGUCAGAUCAAAACAGACAAUGGCCCAAAUUUUGUUUCUAAAUCAGUCCAGGCAUUUGCUCUGAAAUGGGGUAUCACCCUAAUACAUGGCAUUCCGUACAAUAGCACAGGACAAGCCAUAGUCGAAAGAGCAAAUCAAACCCUGAAAACUAAAUUAGAGGUGCUGGCAAAGACAGAGGGUUUUGUCAAUGCCAUCCCCUCAGGAGACCAAACACGCCUGCUAGCGACCGCUCUUUUAGCACUGAAUCAGUUUCCUAGGGGGGAAGAGAUGAAUAGCCCUACACAAAAACAUUGGGCCGCUCAAGCACUAGAAGAAGGCCCGUUGGUUAUAAUUAGAAAUGAGCUGGGGGAAUGGGAACAAGGGUGGAGGCUAGUCCUUACAGGGCGAGGGUAUGCUGCAGUCAAAAAAGAUGGGAAAGUCAAGUGGUGUCUGCUUAAGUCUAUUAAGCCUGACCUCCAGAAUGAAACUAAUGAAAACUGUGAGUUUUUAUCCACAGAACCAGAUCACCAGACAUCCUCAUAA